AUGGCCGCGCUGGUGGCGUUCCACCGCUGCCAGAACUCUCGUACUGCCGUGUGCAAGAGCAGACGACAGAUCGUUGCGAGCCUCACACCCACGGAGUCACGUGACCUGGGCGACGCCUACGACUACUACUACUACUACUACUACGACGACGACGACUGCACAGGCUCGGUUGCGUCGUUGGAAAUUGACACUUCUGACGGCGGAUACACGAACCUGCUGGUUUCGAUAAGCAGAGAUGUUCCUUACGACGAGUCUAUCAUCCAGGACAUAAAGGCGCUGCUUACGGCUUCAUCCAAGUUCUUGCACCGGGCCACCAAUGGUCGGGUCUACUUGAAGCAGGUCACAAUCGAGACGCCUAGCACAUGGCCCGCAAGGAAAUAUGCCCGCAACGUAUCAUCAGGCUCUUUUGAGCAAAGUGACAUCCGCAUUGACCUGCCGGGUGAACCGUAUGGGGACAGGCCAUUCACGCAGCAAAUAAGGCCCUGCGGUCAGCCAGGAGACUUCAUUCAACUGACGCCCGGGUUCCUCGCCCAAUACAGGAAAUCGACCGUGAGCCAGCUAGACCACUCGGCGUACACGUUCGUACACGAGUGGGCGCAUUUCCGGUAUGGCGUGUUUGAUGAGCAUGGCUGCAGUGGUGACCACCAGUACCCACUGACGUACUGCCACAACGGCAAGGUGAAACUUAACGCCUGUUCUGAAAGGAUGGCCUUCACGGCCAGGACCGCGUCCAAAGGAAAGUGCACCAUGGACAGUGCGUGUCGCUUAUCAAGGGACUGCGUGGUCACCCUGCAUCAGCCGAGCAGUGGCCAUCUCAUUGAGUCAUCGAUCAUGUUCAUGCCCCAGGUUGGCAAUGUGAGCCAAUUCUGUGACAAUGCUAGCGGUGUCCGUCAGCACUACCCGUUCGCUCCUAACAAACAGAACAGGCUUUGCCAACAAAGGUCGGCGUGGGAAGUGAUCAGCGAGAACGAGGACUUUCAGAGCAUUCGAAGACCAGCCAUGUACGAGCAUAUCGAGACCACUUUCGUAGAAAUCCAAGAGACCAAGACUCUCGCACAGUGCGUGGUGCUUGUACUCGACCUCUCGACCAGCAUGGAUUAUUACCAACGCUUGGACUUCUUAAAAGAGGCUGUAACGAGGUACGUUAAUGGAAUCGAGAAUGACUCACUUCAACUGGCCAUCUUGAGGUUUGGUCGAAGAGCGUUCGUGGUGCACCCUCUCACACCAGUGAACGCCGACACGAAGCCCGGAUUUAUCAAAGUCAUAAAUGAUCUGAAAACCAGAGGUGACACAUGCAUCGGGUGCGGCCUCAAAAAAGCGAUAAUGCAUCUUGAAGAUGCCGCCAAGACGACGGAGGGCGCAAUCAUAGCUUUGCUAAGCGACGGCGAAGAGAACAGAGAUCCGAGAAUCGAAUCCGUUAUGCCACUGCUAUUCAAGGCAAAGGUCGUAGUGAACACACUGGCAGUGGGAGCAAAGGCUGACGACAAACUGGAAAAACUCGCCUCCGAGACUCGAGGCAAAGCGUUUGCUAUUAAAGAUCUGACCGGAAACACAGCACUGGAAAUGGAGGCAGCUUUCGUCAGGGCAACCACGCCUUCGCGUGGACGGGCUUCACGAUCUCAAACGGCUGGCACUUGGGUUCUUCACGUGUCGAGCUCCGACAAAGGGGAAGUCAGCAUUCAGGUGAAGUCUAAAGCCAGAAAAGAAGGCGUAGAGCCCAUUCAGGUCUCCUGCACCAUGGCCAACAUGCUGGUAGACCGACCAGACGCGGCGAUCGUCUACGCCAAGGUAAACAGAGGAGAGAAGGUCGUCCUCGGCGCCUCUGUACUCGCUGCAGUAUACGGACCCAAACAGCAGCGCGAGUCGACGCUUCUGCUCCACGACGACGGAAGAGAGCCCGACAACCACGCCGGUGAUGGAACAUACAGUGGCUACUUCACAGACUUCACUGGUAAAGGAAGGUACAAAGUGACAGCGCGCGUGUCGCACCAGAAUGGGACUCUGCUGGCUUAUCCUACGGACAGCCCUGCGUGCGCAUUCGGCGAAGCCGCGAAUGCUUCUAAUGACGAGAGCACAGGAUCAAUCCUAGGCCUUGCGUCUGAGCAUCCCAUGGACGACUUCAUCCUCACGAACACGACGGCAGCAGCCGCAACUUACAGCCUUUCCGGCGCGGAACCUGUCGAUCCGUUCGACAGGGUUGCGUCAGGAGGGUCGUUCCAAGUGACCAAACCCAUCUCGAGAACUCACGUGCCUCCCGGGAACAUCCGGGACCUUGCCACGGCUCACAUGCGUCUAGCAGAGAACGGCUCCUUGUUGUUCGAACUGACAUUUACAUGGCCUGGAGCUCAUUUGACGUCCGGGAAAGCGUCAUCAGUGGAGAUUAGGGCCAGUACGGAUUACGUCAGGCUGAAAUCAGACUUCGACAGUCAAGCGAAAAUCGCGGAAUUUAACCCGAAGUAUCAAAGCCUCGACGAGCACUCUUCGCUUACCAAGCACACCGUCAGCUCCUACUUGCCGACCAGCUUAGCCACACCACAGCAUGACGGUGCAUUCGCAUGGAAGGCUUACGUUGCAGCACGCGCCACCAACAAAGACGGCCUCAAAUCAAACACAUCCAACGUCGUGCCGCUGUUCUACGAAGCUCCGCCACUGAGCACUACUGCGGCUACGACUACAGAGAGUACUACGGAGGCUACGAGCACAAUGCCUACAACGUCAACUACGGAGACGUGUUACAACGAAAACACUCACUACCACUUCUCGUCCUUCAACUACGGAAGCACCUACCAGUCGCACAACUGCAAGUACUGCGUCAACUACAGUACAGAGCACGAAGCGCUCCACGAUUGCGACGACUACGUCGUCUCCGACUACACUUUCUACCACUUCGAUAGAAAGGGCUGUAUCCACCGCUACCCAAACUCUGACUGUCUUUAA